AUGGUUCGGGUGCGUGCUGUGGUGAUGACCCGAGACGACUCCAGCGGCGGUUGGGUGCCCAUGGGUGGUGGCGGCCUAAGCCAUGUGACCCUCUGUAAAAUCCCGCACCCUGACGAAGAGCAGCGCUGCCAGUACCUGAUCAACGGGGAGCGUCUCCGGGACCAGACGACCAUCUUGGAGUGUACCUUGAAAAGGGACCUGGUCUACAACAAGGUGAACCCCAUUUUCCACCACUGGAAAGUGGGGGACAACAAGUUUGGCCUCACUUUUCAGAGCCCUGCAGACGCGGUGACUUUUGAGAAGGGCGUGCAAGCCGCUCUGAAGGAGAUCACGGAAGGUUCUUUUUCACCUUGCUCCAGUGCCACCGGCUCCUCUUCCUCCUCCGAGGAUGAAGCAGCUAGUCGGGAUGAAGCCCUUACUGCGCGCACGGACAGCGAGUCUUCCUCAAACAGCCAGAAGGAGAUGCUCCCCAAACCCAUCACCAUUGUGACCAGCGAGUCCUCCUCCACUUGCUUCAUUCGCACCCCUCUUUCUGAAGAGUUCCCCUUCAGUUCAACACAAGGGGCAACCUCAGCUGGACCAGUGCAAGCCAAGCCCUUGCAGCAGCUGACUCUCCCAGAGGAAGAGGAGCUGGAGAGCAUCACCCCUUGCCCUUGGGUCACCAAAGGCUACGAGGACUACCGGCGGGCUGUGGUUCAGAAGCACCAGCCAGACCCGGACAAGAUCGACCUGUGCGUACACUUUGAGAAGGGCGGCAGGGGCAGCCAAUCCCCCAGGGAGAAGGAGUACAGCUUCCCCCCUGGAGCCGAAGGGCGGCUCAAGGACCCCAAGGCCUCACCCUCCUGCCGGAUCCAUGGGGCCUCCUCCCCCAUGAAACAUAAGCCGCUGAAGGAGCAGCAGCAGUCACCGCAACCGCCCUCUGGAGUUAUCAUGGGCGUGGAAGAGGACAUGGUGCCCUCGCGGUGCGUCUACUGCCGGGACGUCUUUAACAAUGAGGAGAACGGGCGGGGACAGUGCCAAGAUGCGCCGGACCCCAUCGGCCACUGCGUCUACCAGUUCACUUGUAUGUGGUGCGCUGAGAGCAUGCUGUACCACACGUACAGCCUGAGUCUUCCCCUUAUGAGCCUGGGAACAAGAACGCUGUGGCCGGUGGGCAUGAAGACGUAG